AUCGACCUGCGUGGGGGUGAAGCUGAAGUCUGCCCGUCCCCUGCAGUCUGCAGACGCCAUGGCUCGGCUGGUGGAGUGUGUUCCCAACUUCUCUGAGGGUCGAGACAAACAGGUGAUCGAUGCCAUCUCAGCAGCCAUCUCAGAGACCCCGGGCUGCAGCCUGCUGGACGUUGACCCGGGGGCCUCCACCAACCGCACCGUCUACACCUUCGUGGGUCCCCCGGAGGCCGUGGUGGAGGGGGCGCUGAACGCCGCCCGGCGGGCCUUUGGCCUCAUGGAUAUGAGCAAACACUCGGGAGAACAUCCACGGACCGGAGCGCUGGACGUCUGUCCCUUCGUCCCCGUCCAGAACGUCAGCAUGGACGACUGCGUCCGCUGUGCCGACGAGUUUGGACGGAAACUGGCAGAGAUGCUGCGUGUUCCUGUUUAUCUGUACGGAGAAGCAGCACGGUCCGACUCCAGGAGGAGUCUGCCGUCGCUGCGGUCCGGAGAGUACGAAGCUCUACCUGAGAAGCUGAAACGUGCAGAGUGGGCCCCGGACUUUGGCCCCGCCCUCUUCGUACCAUCAUGGGGCGCCACGGUAACCGGCGCUCGCAAGUUCCUGAUCGCAUACAAUGUGAAUGUGAUCGGCACCAAAGAACAGGCUCAUCGUAUCGCCCUGGACAUCCGCGAGCAGGGCCGAGGGAAGGACCAGCCAGGGCUCCUGAAGAAGGUGCAGGGGAUGGGUUGGUACCUGGAGGAGGCCAACCUUGCUCAGGUGUCCACCAACAUCCUGGACUUUGAGCUGACGCCGCUCCACGCUGUGUAUGAAGAGAUCUGUAGGGACGCUGAGGAGCUGAAGCUACCGGUGGUCGGCUCUCAGAUCGUAGGUUUGAUCCCCCUGAAGGCUCUGCUGGACUCUGCUGACUUCUACAUCAAAAGAGACCAGCUCUUCAUCAUCGAAGAAGAGCACAAAGUCCGCCUGGUGAUCAGUAAACUGGGCCUGGAUUCCCUCGGCCCGUUCAACCCAAAGGAGAGAAUCAUAGAGUACAUGGUGAAGUCACAGGAAGAAGGCGGGCUUAUAUCUCUGUCUCUGCAGCAGUUUGUUCACAGCGUUGGAGCUCGGACAGCAGCUCCAGGAGGGGGAUCUGUUUCUGCUGCCAUCGCUGCCCUGGGGGCAGCACUGGGCGCCAUGGUGGGACAGAUGACAUAUGGAAAGAGACAGUUUGAGAACCUGGACAGCGUCAUGAGGAGGCUGAUUCCUCCGUUUCAUCAGGCCAUGAAUGAGCUGCUACGCAUGGUGGAUGCUGACUCCACCGCCUUCAGCAGCUACAUGGCGGCGCUGAAAAUGCCCAGGAACACAGCAGAGGAGAUGAAAAGAAGAGAAGCUGCCAUGCAGGAAGGUCUGCAGCAGGCUGUGGCCGUCCCUUUGGCUCUGGCUGAGAAGAUCAGCAUCCUCUGGCCGCCUCUGAGACAAAUGGUUCAGUUCGGCAACAUUGGCUGCAAGUCAGAUGCUCAGGUCGCAGCUAAAGCCCUGGAAACGGCCGUUUUUGGAGCGUACUAUAAUGUCCUGAUCAACCUCAAAGACGUCUCAGAUGAAGCCUUCAAACUGGCCACGCAGAGACGAGUUUGUGAGCUGCUGCAGGAAGCCAGAGACAACGUGACCUCCAUCCUGGACGCUGCUGACAAGAGAACAUGACAACGUGGAAGAAAUAAAACCACAAUUCAGAAAAA